AUGGCACAUAUCGCCUCUCCACUUGUCGUCGGCGUCAGGAUAGUGGAACAAGACUGCCUCCCUCAAGCUGUGCAAGGUACGACAUCCUUGUUCAAAUCGGCUCUCAGCGUCAAGUUCCUGGAAGCUGUGGUGAUCACAUCCUCCUUUGCAGUCGUCUUUGACCCUAUGCACAGCUCUCGCCCUGGCUAUGCCUAUAUACCAAAGGACUGGAGCCUCAGAUCUUACCCCACCGCAGCCGACCCAUAUCUCGACCUCAGCGUCUGGGCCAAGAUAUAUAGAGACUUCAUCACCUCCCGCGCUUCCAAGAAGCUGGCCGAAAAAGCCGCUUGGGGCUUGUACGACACCGUAAAACCCUUCCUGAUGGAUGAGCGUGAUCAACGGGACCUACAUCGGCGGACCACCCAUCUUGCCACUGACCAAAGCAACGGAAAGGCUGAGCUAUAG